AUGGAAACAGCACUCGUGGACUGCUGCAUGUACAACCCGACCGAAGAAGAGGGGCCGCAUCUUGAUAAAGGUCUUACACAACUCAUGCAGCCACUGGCCCUCCGAAGACAGAACACCCUGGAAAACGACGCAUCCAGACGGCCUGACAAAUCAAACCGCCAUUGCCACGCUUCCAUGGCUUCCUUUUCAUUUUCCUUUUCUGGGGACGACAUCGAGGACGACGGCACCACGAGUACCGUUCCGGGCCCAGGUGUACAAGCCCAGGAUGCAACGGUCACACUGACACCAGCAGCCAGCGCCUUCCCUGUCCAAGGCAAGCCGCAGCUACUGCCACAACGCCACGACCUGAAGGAGAUGCUCUCCAAGCUGCCGUCCAAGAUUGCCUACAGUCUUCUGGACGUGGCAUUAGACAGCCAUGUGGAUGCUGAUGGCACCAAAGGUAGCAGCAGCACAGUCCCGCGAGAGGCGCCGUUCCGGAUACGUCUGCCGCGACGCGAGCUGUGGGACGUCAAGGUUCAGUUGAUGGCGGAGGAAGACGAGGAGGACGGUGGCAGCAACACUAACGGCAGUGGCGAGCUUGCGCCCGGUCUUGGAACCCACGAUGUCAAGACUGGCAUCUACGAGGGCGGUUUCAAGAGCUGGGAGAGCAGCGUCGACCUGGUCAAGGUGCUGCUCCAACAGCCACCAACGACAGCCGACUCGUCAUCCGCGCCGACGCCAUCGGAUGUUGCAAGUGCCGUUUUGUUAAAGGACGGACCCGCCCAUAUUAUCGAGCUCGGCUGCGGCACAGCACUGCCAUCCUUAGCCCUCUUCCACUGGGCAUGUGCAACAUAUGGCUCUGACAGCAAGGCACAGCGGAAUCACCCGCUGUCUAUCACCGUUGCCGAUUACAACCCCAGUGUCCUGUACCUGGUCACACUACCCAACUUCGUCCUGGCAUGGGCUCUCCAGCAGCGGCACGCCAGUCCCCUCCUUCAGCAGGCUUUGAUAAUCGACGAGGACGGCGACGACGACAACGGCGAGCUAGAACUGACCGACGAGGUCAAGGACGCGUUUUGUACCUAUGUGGCCUCGGCCGGCAUUACGCUCUCAUUUCUGUCGGGCGGCUGGUCAGCCGAGUUUGUCGACCUGCUGUAUGACACCACAGCUGCUGAAAAGCCGGCUCCCCAUACGCUGGUCCUCGGUGCCGAGACCAUUUACUCGCCGUUUGCCCUCGAGACGUUUGCCGUGACGCUCUUGUCGAUCCUGCGCCGGGACGGCGGCCCGGCGUCCGCUCCGGCCACCGCCAAAGCCAUUAUCGGUGCCAAGAAGCUCUACUUCGGCGUCGGCGGCUCGCUGGACGACUUUGUCAAGCGCAUGCGCGAGGCCGGUGCCACGGUCAACGAGCUGCGAGAGGAGGCAGACGGUGUGCGGCGGGGCGUAGUGCAGUGUGUGCUGUGA